GUAAUUACAAUAAAUGUAAAACAACACACACCUGCUUGAUGGGUAAUGUUUGACACAUAAUUACAAUAAGUAUGGUUCGCCUUUAAACUGUCAGUGCAGAAGGCGCGCGACUGACUACAAAAUUUCACAAUUUUUGAUUCUAAUAAAUUUAAGGAUUUUUAUACGAUAUGUGGAUAAUUAAAAAACAGGAUACAGAUGAAACCUUCACUCUUAUUUCGGAAAAAAAUAAUUAUACUGUGGGUCGAACAAGUGCAGAUUUGGUAUUGUCUCAUGAUAAUUCAAUAAGUCGUUCCCAUUCGAUUUUACGUAUUAUCGUUAGCGAUAAAGAGACACUAGCAUUAGAAGAUAUUGGAUCUAAAUACGGGACUUUUAUCAAUGAAAAUAUAGAAAAUAGCGUUAAACUUAACCAAGGAGAACAACAGGAAUUAUCAGAUGGGGAUCGUGUCAGGUUUGGCGUUUUCAAAAAUAUUUGGCAUGUCUCACAUGCACCCAUCAUUAGUGCAAUAUCUGGAUUGUCUUCAGGAGAUGCUAAAAUAUUGGAACAUUAUAUGUCUAUUUUAGGAGGAAAACUUGUAGAUAAAUGGGAUAUGAAAUGUACUCACUUAACAAUGAAGGAAUUCAGAUUGACUGUGAAAGCAUUACACGCCUUAGUUGAACAGAGACCAAUCGUUACUCUUGACUACUGGCGAAAUUUUGUGGACGCUGCACGUCGUGGACGUAGUACACUCCCCCAACCUAAUGAAUACAAGCCUAUAAAUAGCAAUGAUUUGAUGGGACAUAAUCUAGAUUGCACAAUAACACCGGCUCGUAAAACUGUUUUCAGCGGUAUGACAUUUGUGUUUAUGAAUGCGAACCAGCUUGAAUUAUAUGGACCCAUUAUAAUUAAAGCCGGUGGAGCUACAAGAGAUCUAAAAUCUGGUGUGCAAAAAUCGUUUUUACUUAAAAGUAACGUAGUUGUUUUGCAAUAUGUGCCCUCUACCCAAUCGCAAGGUACGCAAACGAUUAAUGUCAUUGAGAACUAUUUAGAAACUAAUAAUCUACGUUUUAUACCUGAAUAUGAAAUUGGACUAGCAAUUGUACACUGUUCUACAGAAAAAUUCUGCAAUCCUUCUUAUAAGGUUAUAAAUGGCCUAAUACCCUCAACAAGUUCCAUGGGUUUAUCUCCUAAUACAUGUCUUGUUAAAAAUACUGAAGCUACUCAGAGUAACGCUAGUGAACGUACUGAAUUAUUUCUACUUGAAACAGAAAAGAUCGGUGUGAAUGAUGAUGGCAAAUCCGGGAGCAAACAAAAUCCAAUAUUAGAUGAUGAAAGUAUGUCUCCUAUUCGUGUUACUGAAAGUGCGGAAGAAAAUAUGCAUUCAAAACGUAAACGGAACAAAAUUAAUCAAAUUGUUAGCGAUGACAGUGAUGACACCUGGUGUGUGCAUCAUUUUGCUUGUUCCGUCUGCGAUACAAAAAUGACACAGAAAUCAAAAUUCUAUGAAUAUGACGAGAAGCCAGUAUGCAAGAAAUGUUAUGAACGCUUCCCUAAUGAGUUGAGAAGACGUUUGCGUACAUCUCAUGAAAUGACCAUGAAGAAAGCUGUCUAA